AUGAAGUUCAUCGCGCUGGUUUCGGGAGGCAAGGACUCCUGCUACAGUAUUCUUCACAGCAUCAAACAAGGUCAUGAACUUGUGGCUUUGGGUAACCUAUAUCCCUGUGAUGAAGACCAACAAGAGUUGAAUAGCUUCAUGUUCCAAACAGUGGGACAUGAUCUUGUGAAAUGGUACCAACAAUGCACUCAACUUCCAUUGAUACGUCGAGCUAUACAGCCAGAAACAUCGAGAAAUGUCUCUUUAAACUACUACCCUACGGAUGCUGAUGAAAUCGAAGAUCUACUAGAACUGUUGGUCAUCGCCAAAAGACAGAUACCUGGUCUUGAAGCUGUCAAUGCUGGCGCAAUUUUAUCAUCAUAUCAAAGAACCAGAGUGGAAGAUGUAUGCUCCCGUUUGGGUCUCAUUUCUUUGAGCUACCUGUGGCAGCGGGAUCAGAAAGAAUUGAUGAGUGAAAUGUGCCUAAUGUCCAAACAGCACGACGAAAAUGCCUAUCCCAAAAUGGAUGCCAGAUUGAUCAAAACCGCCGCUAUUGGGCUUGAUGGAUCAUCUCUUGGAAAAUCUCUACCACAAGUCUUCCCUCUACUGCAAAGACUGAAUGAAAGGUUUGAAGUGCAUAUCUGCGGCGAAGGAGGAGAGUUCGAGACUAUGGUAUUUGACGCUCCCUUCUUCAGGUAUGGAUAUCUGGAACCGCAUCUUUUGAGCAUUGAGGGCACUGAAAAUUCCGACGGCGUAUAUAGCGCCAGAAUGGGGGUGAAGUUUGUGAAGCGCGAAUGCCUGAAGACGACAGAGGACUUACUUUCAGACCUGCCAAUUCCUCCUGUGUUAGAAGCUCGCUGGUUAGAGUUGGCGGAAAGCGUUGGUGUUUUAGAAAGGCCAGAAUUGAAGUCUACACCACAAUCGAUCUCAUCUCACUCACCACAAACCUCCGUCAACAGAAUUGGGCAUCUACUAUUUGUGUCAAAUUUAACUCCACAAGCUGGAGAAACGGUGGAAUCUAAAACGCAGGAUGUUCUCAAACAGCUGAGAGAAAUUUUGAAGGAAAAUGGACUGUUUGCAAGUCAAAUCAUGUCCUCGUCUCUUCUUUUGGAGCAAAUGACAGAUUUUUCAGCUGUGAACUUACUCUACAAUGAGUUCUUCCGGGUACGAGACAAUGGUCCACUGCCACCGUCAAGGGCAUGUGUUGGUAGUGAGCUCAUCGGUAAAGACAGAACUCUUCAGCUUUCAGUGGUGAUUGACACAGAAGCUGCAAUUGAAAAACACAAUGGUAUGGCUUUGAACCAAAGUAAAGAUGGCUUGCACGUACAGGGACGUUCCUACUGGGCUCCAUGCAACAUAGGACCUUAUUCGCAAGCGAUUUGGAAAAAAGAAGAUCUCAAUCGGGUGUGCUUUAUCAGUGGGCAAAUAGCAUUGGUACCUGCCACAAUGGAGAUGGCGCGAUCGCUGGGUCCCAAGCUAGAAGAAAAUCUUUCACAGGCGGUUCUUGCUUUGCGCCAUUUCGAUACGCUGAAAAGAACCAUCGGUGCCGAAAGGCAAAUAAGUGCAGUUUGCUACGUUUCCGAGAGCGGAAUGGUGCCCAUUGUUGCGAGAGUAUGGUCGCUGUAUUGCAAGGAAAUGGCGAAUAUCUCAGAGGCUUGGUUUGACAAGACUACAGAAGAUCCUCAAACUUUGAUCAUAGUGCAAGUGACUGAGCUUCCGAAGCAGGCCAAAUGCGAAUGGGGUGGGAUUGCCUGCCACGAUUCAUAUGCAAUGGGUGACGACCAAGACGACUCAGACUCGGACAUUUGUCAAGGUAAAGUAGACACCAUAGACAAUGAUGCUCUUCUCCGCAGCAUUUCAACGUCCUACGAGCUCAAUGUGAAAAAUCCAAGCAGUGCAAGGCGAUACAUCUCAGGAUGUGUGGAUUCGCAAGAGGACUUCGAGAGAAUCGUGAGCGCGUAUCCGCAAUCUCAGACCACCUUAUUCUACUCACCCAGGUCUAUCCUUUCUAUCGGUAAAGGUCUGUCUGGAAUUGAACUUUAUCCAGUUGAGAGAGUCUACGACUACGAGGGAAAAGAGAGACUCGCUGGAUUCCAAUUGACAGUGCAAAGCCAAUGGUUUCCAUGA